AUAAACCUCCAGGGCCGCUCGCUACAUUUUUCGACCUUCCCUUCAGCCUCAUAGCAACCUCAACCUGUUGCGCAUUACCGUUGAGUCUGAAUUUUCACAGAUUUUGCGUUGCAUUUUCUCAGUUCAACGCCAAGGGUUUCCUUCCUUCCUUCCUCAUUCGCUACCGGGCCGAACGCGUUUUCGGGACUAAAUUUGGGCGAAUAGGCCGGAUCUUUGAACUGUGAAAUAUAGAUUUUACUUUACGGUUUAAUAGAAACAGGUGAUAUAUUUAAUUUGUAAAAUGUAUGGAAUGCUAUUGGAAAGUGUGCAACACUUUGUACGGUUAGAGUACGGAGAAGAUGUCUGGCAGAAGACAUUAACAAUGGCCGAUUGUAAAUUUUCCGUUUUUAACACUCACCAAACCUAUCCAGAUAGCACAAUGUCUUCGCUAGCUUCAGCUUUAGCUUCAAUUACUAAUCAAACAGCGGAUGACACGAUGAUGUUCUUUGGCAGAUGCUUCGUCAGAUUUUUCAGUAAUUUCGGUUACGAUGUGACAAUAAAAGCGACCGGACGUUAUUUUGCGGAUUUUCUGAACAGUAUCGAUAACAUUCAUUCGCAAUUCAGGAUAUCUUAUCCAAAAAUGAAAAGCCCCUCGAUGUAUUUGACGGAUAUCGACAAAGGCGGUUGCGUGUUGAUGUAUAGAAGUACAAGGUCGGGUUUAACACAUUACGUUAUGGGCCAGCUAAUGCAAAUAGCCAAGGAUUUUUUUGAUUUGGAAUUGGAAACGAACGUGAUAGAAAGUAAUGAGAAAGUCUCAACAGAAGGAAAACAGUUGAUUAUUGUAAAAUUGCGAUUAAAUUUUGAUAAUACCCAAUACAUGGCAACAAAAAAGGAGGCUAAAGCGAACGAAAUCAAAUGUGAUCUUCCGCCGUUUGAAUGUAGUUUGUUAAGGCAAUUAUUCCCGUUUACCGUGUUGCUCGACUCUACGCUCACAAUAAAAGGCAUCGGCGAAAAGUUGGCGGAGGUGGCUGGAGGAAAGGAAAAGUUGGUAGGCCAACCUUUCACGAAAUAUUUCAAAUUAAGGACUCCCAAAGGCAUAUCGCUAAAGUGGAAUAGCCUGUACUAUCUCAAGUCUGUCACGUUCGAAAUCGAAUUUCUGCGAUCGGAGUUGAUGAAAUCGAACAUGAAAUCGCUACAAACGCCCGAAGAAAGAGAAAAAGAUGAUUUAACAACCAGAGAGAUAGAAAUUGAUGGAAAAAGUAUUUCCCCGUACGCCUUAAGAAGGGAUAGCCAACCGGGAUUACGAAAUAUCCUUCUGAAGGGACAGAUGAUGUAUUUGAGCGACGCUGAACGGAUUAUUUAUUUUUGCAGUCCCGUAAUUAACGACAUUAGUGAAUUACCAGACCAGGGUCUAUAUUUAAACGAUUUAAACUCCCACGGUUUGAGCAAGGAAAUGGUUCUGGCAGGAUGGCAAAGCAGUUCGAGAUUACGAUUGAUGUUCGACAAAGCGGAACAAAGGGCAUCCGAGCUGGAAAACAAUUACGCACUUUUGAACGUGUGGAAGAGGAGAGGAGACGAUCUGCUCUAUUCGAUGCUUCCUAAGCCAGUGGCAGAUUGUUUGAGAGCUGGAAAUAAUCCGUUGGAUACUUGCAAGAGUUUCGAUUUAAUAACGGUCAUGUUCUGCGAGUUAGUGGGAUUCAAUUCAUCGACGGCGGAAGAUGCUAUGGAACUGGUUAGCACAAUGAAUGCAGUUUUUUCUUGUUUCGAUUCCUUGAUGGACAAAUUUAAUGUAUACAAGGUGGAGACUGUUGGACAAAUAUACAUGGCUGUUUGUGGAGCACCCAAUAAAAAUGACAACCAUGCUUCAAAUAUUACUGAUGUUUCCUUAGAGAUGGUGCGUCACGUUCGGCAAUUACAAAUUCCUUCUGGAAAAAAAGUUGAUGUUAGAAUAGGCAUACAUUCAGGUCCUGUAGUAGCAGGAGUAGUUGGGAUUAAACUGCCCAGGUACUGUUUCUUCGGAGACACAGUAAAUACGGCUUCUAGAAUGCAGUCUACUAGCGAGCCUGGCAUGGUACAUUUAUCAGAAACUACACGAAAUUAUUUACCAACAGGAAGAUAUAUUUUAACAAGUCGAGGAACUGUUAAACUGAAGGGCAAGGGAGAUAUGCGAGCUUAUUGGGUAUUCGAAAAUAUUUAUCACGAUGAAGAUGAUGAAGAAGAAGAAGAAGAAAAAACUAAUGAAAAAUAAAUUAAUGAGUAGAUAUUAUAUUUAAUCUACACACUAAUAAAAUAGUCUAUUGAAUA